UGCAGAGACACACUGCAUGCAGCACAAGACCUCGCACACUGCAAGUAGUACAACCGACCGUGCCCCUACGUAUCAUUUCGAUCAUCGCUAAGCCUGAUACCGUAUAUCUCUUCAUUGUCAUCAUCUUUCACUUUUCAUUAUACGUCUUGCGACGAUUACCACGUCCCUUUCAUAUCAGUCCAUUUCAAACCGCCAAAACAGAAGCAUUCUCAGGAUGGCUAAACAACUUGUGCAGCGAUUGUCCCCUUUGAUUGAAGAGCUACUCCAGGCGAGCGAUCUUUCAACAGUUUCGGCCAAGGCCAUCCGUAAAGAACUCAUUGCACGUGGCGCAGAUAAAUAUGAAAUUAAGAAUUUCCGUGCAGAAAUUGAUGACAAGAUCACGGAAAUAUACAAUUCUUUGGGAUCCAAGGAGGCUCCUGCUCCUAAGAUAGAAGGUUCUGUCUCUCCGUCUGCCAAAGCACCAUCUUCUCCGCAUUCCCUAAUUGAACCCAAAACUGUCACUCGCAAGCGCAAAGCUCCAACCAGUGAAAAUGAAGAAACAGACGAGCAGAUGGCCAGGCGACUGCAAGGAGAAUAUGGCGGCUCAAGGACAAGGAAACAGCGGUCUUCCAGAUCCGCUAGGCCGGCGAAGAAGACGAGACCCAAAAGUCAUGCACAUAUCGACAAUGAAACUGAGAAAAAUGGUGAUAAAAAGGACGACACGAAAACGAAGAGAGGUGGGGCUUUCAACAAGGAAUUGCUUCUAAGCGAUUCUCUGGCAGAACUUGUGGGCAGUCACAGUCUUUCUAGACCGCAAGUGGUGAAGCAUAUCUGGGCCUACGUUAAAGAGCGUAACCUACAAGACUCAAAUGAUAGGCGUUAUAUCCUUUGCGAUGACAAGCUUCGCGAAGUAUUUCAUACGGAUCGACUACACAUGUUCACAAUGAACAAGAUCUUGGUCAAUCAUCUACGCGAUCCCGAUGAUAUUGCGUAAAUAGUAAAUUGUGGUGCGAUGCCGCCCACGCAUGUACUGUUGAGGGAGUCAUGUUUCGUAUGUAAGGAUAGUAAUUCUCUGGUUUCUGCAUUCAUCAGGCGUCUGUUGCGCUUGGUCCGAAACUGGUCGAAAAUGUUUACUAUUCAUAUCAGGUCGAUAAGCUAAGCAGAUCUUCCAUUGACGGUUACCCUAUUUUGAUGCUGCAGAAGCCAAAGACAAAUGAAAGGAUGUCACAUCUAUAAUGAGUGGUUUCUAG